AUGGGAAAAAAAAGUGAUAACUCAUCUCAAAAUAAUUCUAAUUCGUCCGAGAAAACUAGAAGCACCAAAUUGGAAACCCAAAAUUCUUGUGACAAGAAAAAUUCAGAAAUUUCUUGUGAGAAAAAUAGACAUAUUUUAAAAUACAAGAAAGGACAUAAUAAAAAUAAUAAUAAAAUUAAUAAUUAUUCUAAAAAAAUUUUUAGCUCAAUUAAUUAUAUUUUUUGUAUAUUAGGAAUUAUAUGUGCGUGGGGAGCUAUAGAUUCGUUAGUUGAUGUGAUAUCAGGGAAACAAGUAUAUAUUUCUCUUAUUUGUUAUUCGGUAGUACUUUUAGUAGCUUUUGUCUUUUUAACUUUAUAUAUUUGUUUUAUUGAUAGGAAUUAUAAACCUCACGAACUUUUUUAA